GGCGCAAUUUCGAUGAUGCAUGCUAGUAGUAUUGGAUGCAGAGCGUCUGCAGGGGCAGCAAUCGGAAGACAAAGAUUAUUUUGCCAGAAGCCCUUGCCAUGCAGAUGGGCUCACCACAUCUGCAGCUCACAGAGCCCUGUUAUGGGGAGGAGCAGGCACCUGCAGCAUUCUGCACUCUCCCCUGUGAAUCUGAUCGGCCGACAGUCGCAUCAGGUCAGGGCAGAGAGCUCCAGCAAUGGAGCGAGCACAAACGGCUCUGGGCAGUACGACUUUGACCUCUUCACAAUCGGGGCCGGCAGCGGUGGAGUGCGCGCUGCACGUUUUGCCGCGUCCACAUUCGGCAUCAAGGCGGCGAUCUGCGAGCUGCCGUUUGCGCGAAAGGCGUCCGACACGGAGGGCGGCGCGGGUGGCACAUGCGUGCUGCGUGGAUGCGUGCCCAAGAAGCUCAUGGUCUAUGGUGGCGAAUUUGCUGAGGCCUUCAAGGACAGCGUUGGCUUCGGGUGGGACGCGUCAAAGCCGUCGCUGACAUGGAAGCGGCUGAUGGAGAACAAGAACAAGGAGUUGGACCGGCUGAACGGCGUCUACAUGAAGCUGCUGGCCGGCGCCGGCGUUGAGUACUUUGAGGGUCGCGGCAAAAUCGUGGACGCGCACACCGUGGAAGUCAACGGCAAGCGCUACACGGCGCGCAACAUCUUGAUAGCCACGGGUGCGCGGGCGACGGUGCCGCCGAUCCCGGGAUCGGAGCACGCGAUCAUCAGUGAUGACAUUUUGGAUCUACCCGAGCUGCCGGCCAAGCUGGCGAUCGUGGGCGGCGGCUACAUCGCGCUCGAGUUUGCCGGCAUCUACAACAACUUCGGCUCCGAGACCCAUGUCUUCUACCGCCAGCCGCUGCCGCUGCGGGGCUUUGACGAGGAGGUGAGAAAUUUCGUGGCGGAGCAGUACAGUGUUGCGGGGCUGAAUCUGCACCCGGCAGCCACCCCUGUGGAGAUCCGCAAGGGCGAGGACGGCAAACUGACCCUCGUGGCGGAGAGCAAGGAGAGCGGCCAAGUUGUGCUCCAAGGGCUGGACCAUGUUCUGAUGGCCACCGGGCGCAAGCCCAACACGCGCGGCCUCGGCUGCGAAGAGGCUGGCGUGGAAUUGGAGGAGAAGACAGGAGCAGUGAAAGUGGACGAGUUCAGCCAGACAUCUGUGCCCUCCAUUUGGGCCGUGGGCGAUGUCACCGACCGAGUCGCCCUUACGCCAGUUGCGCUCAUGGAGGGCAUGGCAUUUGCAAAGAAGGCCUUUGGAGAUCAGCAGGAUGCAAAGCCGGACUAUGAUGCAAUUGCGAGCGCUGUCUUCAGUUCUCCGCCCAUCGCCACUGUUGGCCUCACAGAGGAGGAGGCAAUUGAGCAGCACAAGAAUGUGGACAUUUACACCUCCAGCUUCAAGCCGAUGAAGAACACUAUUUCUGGCAACGAGGGGCGCUCCUUCAUGAAGCUGAUAGUGGCGGCUGACAGUGACCUGGUGGUGGGCGUGCACCUGGUGGGACCAGACUGCUCCGAGAUCAUCCAGGGUUUCGCGGUGGCUGUCAAGAUGGGGGUGACAAAGAAGAUGCUGGACUCGGUGGUGGGUGUACACCCCAGCUCUGCAGAGGAGCUAGUCACCAUGCGCUCUGCCGCCCGGCAAAUCAGGGACAAGGCCCUCGUUCCUGCUUAAGCCGCGCCUGAUGCAGGAGAGUUGAGCCGUUUUGGGGGCCUCAAGAUACCCUGCGAUGCGGUGAGUAUGAGAGUGUGCUGAUACUGAUUUCAGAGCGAGCGUUUGAAGAUUAUAUUGAGCACUGCAGGCUUCAAAAACUAUGUUGGGCAGCAUUCUUUGCACUGCCGAGGCGGCAUGUUCUGAGUGGGGAUUGGGAUGUAUACAAGCAUGGUGGUGGUCAUGGUUUGCUAGACCAAUAAUAGCCACAAUCAACAGACGAUAGAGCAGAUAAGGACCUUUACAAGCGGUCAGCAUGUGGACUCUGGUGGUUAGCAUGGCGUGAGCAAUUUGGGGGAAAAAAGAUGGAGAGGUAUGCAGGCAGAUUGCUGAAGUGUCCAUAAUGUGACUGCUGCUUUUGAGGAGGCACCUAGGUGCGGGUAAUGGUAUUUCAUAGCAGACUUGGCCAGCACGUGUUAGGAAUAUCCGGGAAGGCAUCAGAUCACACACCCUUCAUGAUGUAACACACGUGGGUGGUUGCUCAUGCUCAGGCUGUUGUAAAAUUUCAGUAUGUC